AACAAUCAUCCUCCUAAAGUUACCCAACCUACCAUUGAAGUCAACAACAGAUCCAAAAGCUCUGCAUCUGAGGAAGAUACUAAAAGUGUAUAUAAAGAAGAAGAACUAGAUGAUAAACUUUUUGGCUAUUCAGAAGAAAAAGAGCAGCCAUAUCACUCUCAUUAUAGAAAUAAGAUAUUAUUGAGCUAUCUUGAUUCUGAUAAUAAAUUGAUAGCCUCAUAG